AUGGAGGAAUUUAUAGAAGCGAUCUGGCCGCACCUCUUCCCGUCCUGGUUCGAAGCAUUAACCGCGUUAAUAGCCGCCUCGUUUGUAGCUUUUCUCCUAUAUCUCACCCAGCCCGAAGGCAGCGGGGAGAAUCCCUCCCCAGACAACGCUUUGGCCGCAUCUGCCGGUGAAACCGGCGUGAAUGGCGCGGGAGAAGAAAAGGAGGGAAACUGGGAGGAGGCAAGCCGACGUGUGAGGGAGCAGCAAGCUCGUGCGUUACUCGCGGCACCAGAUCCGCUAACCGCCGCUCUCGAAAUCCCCGUGCGCCAGCUGGCAGCCGUGGAUUCGAAGAGAAUGGCCGCGGUUCCGGUGACGGCGCAGCCGCUGCUAGGACUAAGUUCUAAGGAGGUAGUUAAGAAGGGGAUCGGGUCUAGAACGCGGCCCAGGCAGGAUAUAAUGCAGUUAGCGGUGGCGACGGGGGUGGGGGGAACUGGUGUUGGAGGGAAAGGAGGGGUGGAUGGGGGCUUGGUGGGAGGAGGGAAGGGAUGGGUGGAGGGAGGAGGAGGGAGGAGAGGAGGAGGGGAUGGGAGAGGUGCGAGUGGGCCUUUAGCUGCUUCGACUAGAGCUGCGGCUGGUGCUGUUGCUGCUGCAGCGGGUGGGAACAUCCAAGAGGAAACGCUCGUGGCCAUAAUACCCAACCAUUCCCUGUCUUGCGCGGACACCCUCCCCCCUGCGCCAGUCCCCCUCAGUGCAGCAGUCUCCGCUGCCCCUGCUUCCGCCACUGCAGGCGCGGAUGGGGAGGCGGAACGGGGCGCCCUGGGGGGCCAUGUGCGCACAGGAGGGUCCAUGGAAUACCUUUCCCCACUGAAUAAAGGUGCUGCUGCUGCUGCUGCUGCUGACAGAAUCAACGGCCCAGAUUCGACCAGUGGUGUAACUCCUGACACUGGAGCGGAGAAGAGGAGGCUGCUAGAGGGAAUCCAACGGUCAGCAUCGGACACGGCAGCGAUCUCAACCCGAUCAACGGCUCGUGGCGCUGCGUUUCCUGCUGCAAGAACAGGGGGAGCCGCAGGGGGGGAAACAGGGGGAGAAGCAGGGGGAGGGGGGAUUGGGGGAGUAGGUACGACGGUGGAAGCAGCAGAAAGGGCUGUGUCUCCUGUGGCGCCUCAACCCAUGAUCUAUGAAGUGAAAGUCGAUCUGCUAGCAGCUAAGAACCUGCCAGCUGCAAACAUCAGCGGCACAGCGGAUCCCUACGCCAUCAUUUCUUGUGGCACAGAACGAAGAUUCAGUUCCGUCAUCCCCAGUUCCCGCAACCCCAUGUGGGCAGAGGAGUUUCGCUUCUUCGCCCCCUGCCUGCCCGCCCUGGUAUCAGUGCGCACGUACGAUUGGGACAUCAUAUCCAAGAACGCAGAGCUUGGUGCAGCUUCCCUGCUCGUGGAAGGAGAGGCUCUGCCCUUCACCGCUUGGUACCCCCUCGACAAGGGCCUGGGGCAGGUGUGCUUGCAGCUGCAGGUGACAGCAGUGCCAAGGAAUAAAGCCGACAGUGCAGCAAAGGGCGCCGCCAUAAGUUCGUCCCGCCUGCGCCGCCUCUCCCAGCAGCCCACAGGCACCGGUGCGGGCGACAAGCAAGAGGGGGAGGCUUUCGAAGGGGAGCGGCCAGACCAGCAGCAGCAAGAGCAGGAGGCAGGGAGGGGGACAGAAGUGCGGUUGAAGCCAGGGCCGUUGCAGACGAUCUUUGGACUGCCUCCGGAUGAGGUCAUCCGGCACUCCUUCUCGUGUGCGUUGGAGCGCUCCUUCCUCUACCACGGCCGCAUGUUCCUCUCAGGGGCGCACCUGUGCUUCCACUCCAACGUUUUCUCCAAGGAGCUGACUGUGUGCAUUCCGUACCAAGACAUUGAGGAGGUUCGGCGCAGCACGCAUGCACUGAUCAACCCAGCCAUGACGGUGGUGCUGCAUCUGGGCACAGGGGGACACGGGGUGCCGCCUCUACCCAGUCCAGAUGGCCGAGUGAAAUACAAGUUUGCAUCGUUCUGGAACAGAGGCCAUGCCAUGCGCCUGCUGCAGGAGGCGAUUGCCGAGUUCUGGAAGAUGGAAGAGGCAGCCGCGCUGGAGGAGGAGCAGGAUCGGUUACGGGCGAUAAGCAUGAGGGAUGGAGCAGUAGAAGGGUUGUCAUUCAGAGGAGCGGCAUCAGAGGCUGCGGAGGAGGAGAAGGAGAAACAGCCCUUCCUUGACCUCACCGUGCUGGAGCACCUGCUGCAGUUCGAGGUGCCCUGCACAGCGAAAACCUACUUCAAUCUCCUCUACUCCGAUUCGUCUGAUUUCGUCGUGGUUUACCGAGCCAAGCGCAAGGACACGGAGCUGAAGGUGGGCGAGUGGAAGGAAACAGAACAGUACGGAGGCAAGAUGAGAGAGGUGACAUAUCGCUCGCUCUGCGACUCCCCCAUGUGCCCACCCUCCACUGCAAUGACUGAGUGGCAGCACACGGCCUUCUCUGCUCCUGGCCACAAGCACCUGGUUCUGGAGCUAAUAAACCAGGCGCAUGAUGUGCCUUUUGGGUCCUACUUUGAGGUGCACGCGCAGUGGACGGUCAAAACGACAUCCGACAACCCCGAGAGUCCAUCAUGCACUGCCGAGCUCAAAGCAGGUGUGCAUUUCAAGAAGCGGUGUGUGAUGCAGGGGAAGAUCCGGCAGGGGGCACAGGCAGAGAUGAAGAGGAACAGCCAGGCGAUGAUGGAGAUGGCAAUGACGUACAUAGCGGAGCGGGUGCAGAGCGGUAACCAGCCGGCCGAUUGUAACGCCGAUGCUGCUGCUGGGAAUCGACAGUAUACCGCACACUACUACUGGAGAAGGGACAGCUCGGCCUGUCCCUCCACUGCCCUCCCGUUAAUUCCUUUUUCCUUCUACCCUAACCCCCCCCUUCUCCCCCCACCAGACGACACGGGUCUCCUGGCCCGCACGCCCACCCUCUACAUCGCUCUGCACCACUCCAUCCUGCCUUGCCCUCCCAACCAUAGCUCGGGUCCUCUUGCUCGCAUGCCCACGCUCUACAUCGCACUACAGGGCUCCACCCUGCCUCGCCUGCCCCUUAAACCAUCCUUCCCCCCGUCCCCCCACUCCCCCCCGUCCCCCCACUUCCCCCCGUCCCCCUACUCCCUUCCCCCCAGGCUCGGGUCCUCUUGCUCGCACGCCCACGCUCUACAUCGCACUACAGGGCUCCACCCUGCUUCGCCUGCCCCUCAAACCAUCCUUCCCCCCGUCCCCCCACUCCCCCCCGUCCCCCCACUUCCCCCCGUCCCCCUACUCCCUCCCCCCCAGGCUCGGGUCCUCUUGCUCGCACGCCCACGCUCUACAUCGCACUACAGGGCUCCACCCUGCUUCGCCUGCCCCUCAAACCAUCCUUUCCCCCGUCCCCCCACUCCCCCCCGUCCCCCCACUUCCCCCCGUCCCCCUACUCCCUCCCCCCCAGGCUCGGGUCCUCUUGCUCGCAUGCCCACGCUCUACAUCGUACUACAGGGCUCCACCCUGCCUCGCCUGCCCCUCAAACCAUCCUUCCCCCCGUCCCCCCACUUCCCCCCGUCCCUCUACUCCCUCCCCCCCAGGCUCGGGUCCUCUUGCUCGCACGCCCACGCUCUACAUCGCCCUACAGGGCUCCACCCUGCCUCGCCUGCGAUACGCAUGAAGCUAACUUCUCACACCCCCUCCAACCACUCCAAACCCCUGCUUCUUUUCCCCCAGACACCGGCCCCCUUGCCCGCACGCCCACGCUCUACAUCGCUCUGCAUCACUCCAUUCUGCCUCGCCUGCCCUUCGAACCAACUUCUCACUCCCCCUUCCCUCGCCCCCCAUCUAAUUCCAGACACGGGUCCCCUGGCCCGCACGCCAACUCUCUACAUCGCUCUUCAGGACUCCAUUCUGCCUCGCCUGCGCUUCCCUAAGUUCAUGGCUCAGACGAACGAACUGCUGGGGGAUGAGGUGUGUGCGCGGAGGUGGAGUGGGGCACAGUGCAGUGGGGGUGGAGUGGGGCACAGUGCAGUGGGGCACAGUGCAGUGCAGUGGGGCACAGUGCAGUGGGGUGGAGUGGGACACAGUGCAGUGGGGUGCAACAAACAAGCUGCUGGGGGACAACGUGAGCUGGGGGGCGGGGGGGAGGGGGAAUGGUGGGUCUCCUCUCCCUGCACCCGCUCAUGUUUUGAGACGUCUCAAAAAUUCACUUUUUACACGUGGCUUCCCCAAGUUCAUUGCGUAGACAAACGAGCUGCUGGGGGACAACGUGGGCUGGGGGGGGGAGGGGGAAUGGUGGGUCUCCUCUCCCUGCACCCGCUCAUGCAGAGGCAGUGGUGGAGGCUCUUCUGGAGCAUGGUCGCGUGUCCCUCCACCAGCUCGUGCAGCGAGCACACCACACACACUGCAGAGGCAGUAGUAGAGGCUCUUCUAGAGCACGGCCGACUGUCCCUGCACCAGCUCGUGCAGCGAUCAGUGGCGAAGGCUGGCUCGUCUGAUCCCUCCGUUGCAAAGACCGAGGGUCAGGUUCGGCAGCAGCUGGUCGCGGCCCUGUCAGUGCUGAUCCAUGAGAGGCUCGUCGAGAGGGUCGGGGCCCCCGAGCCUAUGCUGCUGGCUCGGGGAGCAACCAGCGGCGGCGAUGCUCCCAAGCCCGCUUCUCGUGCGCGAGUGCGCACGCGAGCCAUGAUGGAAUCAUCCGGCUACUUCGAUUCGGAGGAGCACCGCGUGGUCGUUGCAGCCCGCUGCAGUGAUGCUCUGCGCUUCCAGCUGCCCGCUGCCUGGGUGCUGUCGGGAGGUGAUGACGCUGGUGGCGGUGCUGCUAGUGCUGUUAGUGCUCCUGUGGAUGGGAGCACAGGGGCGGAUGGGGGAAUGUCAGCAGCGGCAGCAGCAAAGUUGAAGGUGAGCUUUCCUUUCGGAUCAGGUAGAUUCAGGUGCAGGGGCAGCGGUGCUGAUGCAGGAAGGUGCAGUACUAGCAGCAGCACAAGGAUCAGCAGGAAAGUUGGAGGUGAGCAGUCGGAUCAGCAGGAAAGUUGGAGAAAGCGAGUUGUUCUAGACGAUGACGAUGAGGAGGAGCAAGCGGGCCCGAGUGCCAAGCGGCCUGCAACGGGGGCGGCAGCAGUGGGUGGGAGUGAAGGUGGAGGGGAGAAGCAAGUUUUUUCUAGACAAUGUUAUGCCCCUUUUUCCGUGUUCUCCUCCUCACUUACUUGCAGAGGAAACGAGUGGUUAUGGAUGACGAUGAGGAGGAGGAGGAGCAAGCAGGGCCCGAGCGGCAAGCUCUGGCCGCACCACCACACAGUGUUUCUCGUUUCUGCCCUUGCACCGCACCCCACCGCACUGCACUUGCAGAGGAAACGAGUGGUUAUGGAUGACGAUGAUGAGGAGGGGCAAGCGGGCCCGAGUGCCAAGCGGCCUGCAACGGGGUCGGCAGCAGUGGGUGGGAGUGCAGGUGGAGGGGAGAAGCAGGGAGGAGGGGAGGACUCUGGCGUGCUCUGGCGGGUGAACUACGAGGAGUUCCUCAGGAGAACGAGACACCAGACCAUAGUGGACUUUGUGCGAGAGAGCAUCGACCCAGGGGCUUCCAUCAUCACUGCCGCCCUGCUCCAUGCCGGAAAGAACCAGGAAACUUCUCUCCGACACCCGUACUCAGCAUCGCUCUCCCUUGAUUCGAUAGUCAAUGCAGUGCGAGGGACAGCAGAUGGGCGCACCAUGGCUCUGGAUCGGAUCAGAGCGGCGCUGCAGCUGCUCGUCGCUCAUCCCAGCGCUGUUGCUUCUCGUGCUUCUGAUGCCCACUACACCAUCCAAUCUGCGAAGAUUAUCGAGCUAGUGAAGCUUAGAGAGGUGGAAGCGAUAGUGUCUCAGCGUUUUGGGCCGUCUGCCUGCCGACUGUUCCGCCUGCUGCUGUCCAAGAACUGCCUGGAGCAGAAGCAGGCAGCAGAGCUGGCAAUGAUCUCCCUUGCGGACACACGGCAGCUGCUCUACCGCAUGAUGCUCGAUGAGUUUGUGCAGCUGCAGGAAGUCCCCAAGACGGCUGAUCACGCCCCUCAGAGGACCUUCUACCUUUGGCGCAUCCACAUCGCUACGGUUCUGCCCCGCGUGCUGAACCACAUGUGCCAUGGUGCCUGUAACCUGCGGUUACGACUGGAGCAUGAAAUGCAGCAGGAGCAGGAGGUACUCUCUCUUUUGGAGCAGAUAGAGCAGGCGCACGCAGCACACAGCACAGGCGGUGCUGCUGGUGGGGAAGCGAGGGCAGCACCAGAGAAAGCAGUGGCGUUGACGUCGGGGCAGAGGAAGCAGCUGGAGAGGAUCCGGCGAGUGGCGGCGGUGCUGGAGACUUCUUUAGGUGGUGCUGGUGGUGAAGGGAGGGCAGAGGAAGCAGUGGCGAGUGGCGGCUGUGCUGGAAACCUCACUGCUGCGCCUUGA